UCCCUGCCCCUCUGCUUCCCUCUCCGGUCUCUCUGCUGAUUCACUCCCGCCUUUGCGUACCACAUCCUAGCCAUGGCCCUGGUUCUUCAACUGCUGCCUCUGUUGCUCUCAAAGGUCCAGGGGGAUUCCGAGGUUUCUCUGGAGGGCAGCCCUGGGGACCGGGUGAAUCUCUCUUGCAUAGGGGUCUCAGAUCCCACCCGCUGGGCUUGGGCGCCUAGUUUCCCUGCGUGCAAGGGCCUGUCCAAAGGGCGCCGUCCGAUCCUGUGGGCCUCGUCCCCAAAUGUGCACGCACACUUCUCUGGCCGCCUGCGGUCCCUGGACACUGGUAUCAAGCGGCUGGAGCUGCUGCUGAGGGCCGGGGAUUCUGGCACCUUUUUCUGCAAAGGACGCCAAGAGAAUGAGAGCCGCACGGUGCUUCAAGUGUUGGGGGACAAAGCAGACUGCAAGAUUUCAGAAUCUACCCACGGUUCCGGGUAUCCCAAGGUCCUGAUUGCUCUGCUGGGCGUUGGGCUGGUGCUGGGACUGGGUGCCUCGGGCUUGGUCUGGUGGCGGCGCAGGCACUCGUCCCCGCCCCCGCCCUCGCCUCGACCAUUCCCCACGUUUGCUCCAGUCAGAAAUGCUGAGCCGCAGCGGCCUUUAGAACAGGAGUCCAAGAUCUCAGGCCACGUGGACCAGGAGCCGAGUCUGCACUAUGCUGAUCUGGACCACUCCGUCCUCGGGAGGCACCGCCGGACGUCCACAGUGGUUCCUGGUGAUGCCUCCACUAUUUAUGCGGUUGUAGUUUAAAAGGAGGCCCUUGUUCGCCACGCCCUCCAAUCCGGGGCUUCCCUUCUCUACACAACCUCCUCAGCUGGAGGGGGAGGACCAUGGACAGAGGCACUCGCCUGCGUCUGGAUACCUGCGGUGUGGGUCUGCCAGCUGUUUGGCCAUCUCUCCUAUAACGUCUUAACUUCAUCUAAAGAUAAUCAAGCCGUCUGUCUAAGUUUUAACUCCCAAAUAGACAUUCUAUCUGCUCCCUCUCCUUUUCCAAACAAGCAUUUUGAACUUCAGGCAUA